AUGUUCUUUAAGGGGAGAAUCUUGAUCCAGGCCAGCAGGGCGAAAUUCAUUGAGAGCCUGAAAGCUGAAUCUGUCGCCGGAAAUGUGAACGAGUUCACGGUGACUGAGCUUCAGUCCAAGCUAGACAUGCUCGAGAAUCAUUGGAGCAUGUUCGACGCGUUGCAUCUCAAGCUGUUGACGGCAAAAGAUAAUGAGGAAGUUCUCGACCAUGCGUACGUGAAAGAGGGGGUCUAUGAUAAAUGUCUCGUGACGUAUUCAGCCGCUCGAACUACGUUUAUGGGGUUGAUCAAAGGACUGGACGAGUCAAUUGACCUCUCUGAGUCGUUCCGUCGGCCAUCUGCCACAACUCAAUCGGCGCAGGUGACUCAGAGGCAAUUGCCCAAGAUUUCUCUGCCGACAUUCUCAGGGGAGUUCUCGGAGUGGACUCCGUACAAGGAUCUCUUCCUCUCUAUGGUUGUCGGUAAUCCUUCUCUCUCUACCGUGGAGAAAUUCCACUAUCUACUCACUUCUCUCACUGGCGAGGCCAAGCAGCUCAUCUCUACCUUGCCAGUGACGCAAGACUCCUUCAUGCCAGCGUGGAAUACUCUCUUGUCGAGGUACGACAACGAAAGGUUGCUCAUCUCCACUCAGUUGGAGAAGCUCUUCUCUGCUCCAAAGGUCGUCAAUCGCUCAGCCAGGGAGUUUAACGUACUUCUCAACUCUAGCUGA